CAGAGUUGGGGGCGUUGCGAAAGCUUGUAGAUGCUCAUAGCAGUUCAUCAACCAACUUACUGUGAAUAGUGAAGAGGGAGAACUUGUUAAAAGCUAGUACAGGAGCCUCCCCAACUGGCAAACUUGUUUCCGCGAUUUUAGCAGAAAACAGAAUUGCGAGACGUGUGAAUAGUGUUCUAAACCUUAUGUGAAUUGCAGUCGAAGGCUGCUAGAGAUAGAGACGUCAACUCCGACGGCACACAUUGCAAGAUACUUGAGAAAGAGACAGUAGAAGAUUUGACAGGACAGUCAUGCGUCUGGUUGCGACAAAAGAGCAUGCUGGGCUCAUGGCUCGGCAAACAUGCUCAAUUUCUGCGACACCCUCAACCCAAUCGACGUUCCGACGAGAUUUUCAUGUUCCACAGCACUACCGUGUCAACAUCAACGCAAACUGGGGGGUUCCUCGGAUAAAGUUGAGACGAGCGAAUAACUAUUCAUUCCAAAAAUGUGACAACCAUAGUUGCAGUGGCCCCCAGGUUGCAGGACCUCAUGGAACUUUCACGAAGUUUGAUCCAUUGGAAAGCGCAGGAAGAAAUUCGCAUAGAAGUGCAGUAUCCCGUACUUCCCGAACUUCAGAACCCUUCGACUUGGAUGGGGAAUCGUCUCUUCCCUCAGAAUUGGUAGAAACCAGAGUGAAUUGGUUCAGCGCUUUCUGGCGCUUUACUAGACCUCAUACCAUCAUCGGCUCCGGUUUGGGUGUGACUUCCGUCUCAUUGUUGGCCUGUCAAGGGGUGAGUGACGUCAAUUUCAAAUUUGCCAUCGGACUGCUGAAGGCGGUGAUUCCGGCGCUUUGCAUGAAUGUGUACAUUGUGGGCUUGAAUCAACUCUAUGACAUCGACAUAGACAAAGUGAAUAAGCCUAAUUUGCCAUUAGCGUCAGGAGAAUUCUCCGUCGCAACAGGCAUAAUCCUGGUGACGUUCUUUGCAGCCGUGAGUGUGGGAAUGGGAUUUUAUGUGGAGUCCCCGCCGUUGCUGUGGGCUCUCUUGGUCAGCUUGGUUCUGGGCACAGCGUACUCAGCCGAUCUACCAUUCUUGCGAUGGAAGAGGUCAGCGGUGGCAGCAGCAGCCUGCAUUUUGGCUGUAAGAGCCUUGGUUGUACAACUUGGAUUCUAUCUUCAUAUGCAGGUUUCUAUUCUUGGAAGAGCUGCAAAUUUCCCUAAACCACUUUGGUUUGCGACUGGAUUCAUGUGUUUCUUCUCUGUUGUCAUUGCGCUCGCUAAGGACAUCCCAGAUGUGCGGGGAGAUAAAGAGUUUGGAAUCCGCUCUUUCAGUGUGAGACUGGGCCAGAAACGGGUAUUCUGGAUGUGUGUCACCUUGCUGGAGGCCGCAUAUCUUGUAGCCAUUAUCACUGGUCUCACAGCUCCGACACUGGCGAGCAAAGUCAUCACAGCCACGGGGCACGCCAUCAUGGCGGGGAUACUGUGGGAGCGAUCUGACAGCGUUGACCUCACAAGCAAAGCUGCAAUUACGUCGUGGUACAUGUUCAUCUGGAAGCUUUUCUAUGCCGAGUAUUUACUCAUCCCAUUCAUGCGGUGAUUGCCCACUUCAUAACGAGGGACAUCAUAGAACUAGUAGAAUAUGUGCUCAACAAGCAGCAGAUGUAUAACAAUUUUACAUAUAUGACCCAUGUAGAUAUUUAGAAGUCAGAAUUCACCUGAGACUUUUAAGAAUGAAAUAACUGUAUUUGAAAAAGAUUGUUGAUGAUCAUGAUGAAAAAGACAACGAUGAUGAAACACUAAGUGCUCUACUUAGAAUCAAGGGAACAUUCAUUUGCUCAAGUGAAGAUGCAGUGGAUCGGUGGCUUAAGAGCUCUUUAGCAGUUCGACGCAAGCUCUCUUCCACCUCGAUGAUAGUUGGCCUAGAUCCGUCAGCAGCACUUCUCACCUACAGGUACAGAAGAUCUGACAAAAUGUGAAGAACAGGAUUAAGAAACCAAGAAACAUUGGAUAAGAAAAUCACCCGUAGAACCGAUACGAGGUAUCCGUUUGGAAAAGUAAGGUACCUUCGCUAGUAAGGUAGUUGAAAGGAUUCCAUCUGAUGCGGAAGAACGCACGGAAAAUACUUGAAAAUCAAACUUUUUCAGUGUUCGAAGCAUGCUGAGAAACAUCAUUUGUCGGUAAGGGCAAUUGGACUUGACAAGAGCCAUGAUAUUUUCCAUAGAACAUUUAUGUGCCCAUGUUCAGUAUUCUCUUCAGUUUCAAUGAAUUUAGACUUUGCAA